UUGGAUGACUAAUACCGAUGCAUGAGGAAAAAGAAAGUUUUUUCAAAGAACCAUUGUUAACUUGUACAUUCAACAACAAUGAACUGCAAAGAUCAGGCAUUGUGACAUUUUUCAUUCAAUCUAUACUUAAAUCUAUUUCAUACACAUCAAAACCAUGAAUAAACAAACAGGCUCCUCGCCCGCUCAAUCUGGAAGUAAAACCUUAUGAAUACCACCAUUGAAUAUCCCCAUAUGAUGUAUGCCUGAAUCAUAGUGUUCGGCGAGUAUUGACACAAAAUUAACUGGAAUAUAACCGGGACGCGAUAUAUCUUUGCAGCACUAGGCUUAUAACCACAGAGCAUAACAACCGGUCGGAACCCCACCAUGAAUGUAUCGGCGUCCUCCGUCGAGCCGAGCCCGGGUGUACAUUGGAGCAAGAUCUUGCUCGGUGUGUUUCUCUACCUGAUUGUUUCGGUGACUAUUUUUGGCAACAUCCUGGUCCUCAUGGCCGUCAAAAGCCACAAGCGCCUUCAGACCGUCUUCAAUAUCUACGUGGUCAAUCUGGCUCUCACAGAUGUUUUAGUUGCCGUUACCGCCAUGAGCUUUUACACGUUGGACAAUAUCUUGGGGUACUGGCCGUUUGGGCGGAUCAUGUGCGGUGUUUGGAUUUUCUUCGACUACGGAAUGACGUUCGUGUCAGUUUUCACUCUCUGCAUUAUCUCUAUUGACCGGUUCUGGGCAGUGAGCUGGCCUAUACAUUACAAGUCGCACAACAACACAAAGAAAGCUAUUGGUAUGGUGGCUGGAGUCUGGUUGUUUACGUUAGUGUUGUGGCUUCCACCAUGUGUGUUGGAUCGAGUUCAGAACGAUGUAGCAGACGACCUCUGUAUCUGGGAUCCGUCCUUGAACAAGAUCAUGGUCAUCGUGAUUGGAGUCCUCGGACAUCACGGGUCGUUCCUUGUUCUAUUCGGAUGCUAUCUUCGAGUGCUCUUUGUCGUCCGUCGUCAAAGAAAAAUAGCAAUGGCCGAGAACAAGACAAACGGCGCAACUGCCUCUAUGGCAAGUCGGCGUCAACAAAUGGCGUCUGAUAUAAACACCUGCCAAGGCAGCGAAACGGACAACAUUCCGUCUGUAUCGUAUGUAUGCGAAAAUGAUGCUAGUAACCAACUUCAAGUACCUAUUAUGAAUAAAGAUGAAUCUAUUAUUGAUUCGUCUCCUGGUACUUCUGUAGAGCCUAAAAUGGGGGACCGUAAGACAGUCAAACCAAAGUCUCGGGUUACAAAGUCUAACAAAGACGCUCGAGUGUUCAUAACCCUGACCUACAUCAUCGUUGGUUAUCUCGUCUGCUGGGUUCCGUUCCAUGUCGUUUAUGACGUCACGGCGAUUCGCCCGGAUUUAGUGUCGGACUUGAUGUAUUCAGUAGUAUUUUGGUUGACGUACUUCAAUUCCACGUUGAAUCCGUUUCUGUAUAAUUUCAGCAGUUCAGAAUUCCGAACCGCUUUCCAGGAUGUACUGAGAGGAAGACAUCGAUAGCGAGAGCGACAUAAAUAACAGCUUU